UGUCAACUGUCAAGUGGGAGACGGUCUCCCUUCAGUCCUGUUUCCGAAGAAAAUCCCGUCGUUUGCCAUAGCUGGUACACAUGAACCAUCAUGAUAUCCGCAGUACAAGCCCGUGGGCUGGCCCCAGACGAGCAGUAUCAGCAGUCGUUGGCCUACGGCCUGAUCAUUGGAACUGCAGUCCUGUCGCUGGUCGUAUGUGGCUUGAGGCUCUACACGCGCUCGGUUGUGAUCAAGAGCUUCGGAGCUGAUGACAUCGCCGUCUGCGUUGCUUUGGCCGUUACCCAGGCCUUCAACGGGCUCGGAAUUGCAGUUGUCUACCACGGACAAGGCCAACAUAUGCAGAAUGUGUCCCCGGAGGACCGGGCAUUUUGGCUCAAGCUCUAUUACGCGGCAAUGUGCCUGUAUCUCUACGCAUCGAUGGCCGUAAAGCUGAGUAUCCUGACAUUCCUUCGCCGGAUCUUCGUUAAUUGCUGGAUGCAGCGACUCACUGCCGGCCUCAUGGUCUUCCAGGUGGCUUUUUCAGUAUCUGGAUCUUUCGUCCUCGCGUUCCAAUGCUCGCCAGCCAGGGCCGCGUUCGAUAUGAGCAUCAAGAACCCAAACUGCUACACCCGCUAUACCCUGUACCAGAUCACACUGUACCAGGCAGUGCUGAUCUUCGUCGGCGAUCUGAUCAUGCUCCUCGCCCCGGUCCCGGUCUUGAUACAAUUGAAAAUGCCAACAAGGAAAAUUGUCGCAUUGCUGGCGAUUUUUGGAUCUGGCAUCAUCGCCUGCAUCGCGCCCAUUGUCCGCUUCAGCACGUUGGACUAUCUGCGCGUGGGCUCCAAUGAUCUUACCUUCGACGCGACAUCCUCACUAUACUGGAUGGCCAUUGAGUUCAAUCUCGGCCUGGUGGCUGGUUCGCUCUCGUCACUGAAGCCAUUACCAUUAUUUCGCAAGUUCGGAUCAUCCAAAGAUUCCAAGUAUAAAGAAUCUUCCAGGAGUAACCCAUAUGAGCUGCAGAGUACCCAGGACAAAAACAGUAAGAAGGGGAGGAAAAAGCCGAGUUUGGGAAUGGGGACCACUAUCUUACAGGAAACGGGGAACGAAAGUCAAGAGCAGAUUUUCCAGCAGCCGAAGGGUGAUUAUUUGCAGCCAAGGUAGUACAUGCUUUGUUACUGGCCUGGGUAUCAUAGUUUAUAGCAUUUGCAUUGUCCAAGUGUCAGCGGGUCUGACGCCUUUCAGGGCAUGGGUGGCUGCAAAGGACAAAGCAUGUAGGAGUACACAAUGGACAAUGGUUGACAUGACUGAAAGCAUAUUCAACGGAAGG